AUGUGCAAGUAGCACACUAAGUAGGGCAAUCUGAGCAAUUUAUACCUGAUUUGUAAAACUUAGGAAAACAAGUUGAACAAGAUUUUUAUGUAAAUGUAGGAAAACAUAAUGAACAAUACACCAGACUACAAACUUCACAUCCAUUUUAACAAGUAUCGCAUAGAUAAGUUAAAGAAUAAAAACCUGGCCUACAUUAGUCACAUUUUGAAUCAUCUGUACAAAUUAUGCAAUUAGAUAUACAAUCUAUACAUUAACCAUUAUCCUCAAAUUAUCCUUAAUUACAACUCCAAGUUACUAAUAUAAUUUAAUAUGUCUUUACAUAAACAGUUCAUUAAAAUAAUGUUGAUUGUAAGUAUGUUGUUGGACAUUUAAAAAUUAUAAAUAAUAUAUGAGAAAUUGAUGAUGCAAUAAGGAUUUAAUAAAUAUAUUUAUGAGAAAUUGAUAAAAAUUAUCAUUCAUUCUUCUUUACAUUCAGAGACUUUAAUUAAUUGUCAAAUGUUGAUUCUACACUUAGGAAUUGAUUAUUUGUAUUUUCAAUUUAUUUUGUAAUAUUAACCUGCUCUAUAUAGAAUUUGA